AUGCAGUUGGCGGUGCCCGGUGUUAAAAGUGUCUACCGUCAUUGCUGUUUUCGUCCCAGACAGCACAUGGCGCCAACAUUUAAUUUUCGAGAAGUUUUGUUACAUACCCCUUUUAUUUUGGAAUCUUUGUUACGUACCCCUUUCUUCACCUCACUCCCGAACGAUUUUCCGGUAGAGGUACACAGUGUCUGGGGCUUCGCAAGUCGUAGCGUAGUGCCCAACUUGACCACAAGCAGAGCAACGCGACGUUCACUGAGACGCUGCCGACCCCCUGUUUUCGCCGUUUCUUCGGCCGACCUGCCUGACUUGGAACUCUCCACGCGCUCAUCUGUCUGGCAAUAG